GGGUAAAUACCUCAUAUGGAUUUUGUUAUAAAAAGCGUUCCGGAACAGAAUUUUCAAUAUGGCAACCAUGUUGUUGAGGUUAGAAUUUUGACAAUGGCUGUGGAUAGCGUUUCUCCUGCACUUGCAAUUCGCUCUAGCGUGGGAAUCGAACUGUGGGCUUCGUCGGGGUCUAAGCAACCCUAUGAGCACAAGGACAACUUACCACGAGAGGAGACGAAACAUUCUCGAUCAAUUUCAUUCAGCCCAGAUGGUCGUUACUUUGCCUAUUCGAAUGGCCGAGAGGUAAUGGUUUUAAGAACAUCGGACUGGCAGCUACAAUGUUCCCUGCCACGUCCGAAGGCUUUUUAUUUGAAAUUCUCACCGCGUGGCAAUUACUUAUGUACCUGGGAAUUGUAUGUCACCACCAAGGAUAUACCCGAGGGUGUGCCGAAUAUGUUUGUGUAUGAAAUGGCCAGCGGUAAGGAGGUAUUUAGCAUUGUGCAGAAGAAACAAAGCGAUUGGGAACCCUCAUGGUCAUCGGACGAAAGCAUUUUUGCUACCGUCAUUGGUGGCGAGGCCUUGUUCUAUGAUCUGACACAAGGUGUUGAGGGUUUCAAUGCAAGUGUUAAGAAAAUAGGCGGCAGUAAGGGUGGUACCUUGUCGGUGGGUCCCGGCAAUAGUCCACCGUUUAUAGCCAUCUAUACACCCGGUGCCAAGGGGGCACCAUCGAUGUGUAAACUCUAUAAGUAUCCAGCAUUGGGUCAAAAUCAAACGGUGGCCUGUAAAAGUUUCUUCAAUGCCGAUCGUGUUGAAUUGGUAUGGAAUCGUCGGGGUACUGGUCUCUUGCUAUUGACCAGUACGGAAGUCGAUAAGACGGGUGCUUCGUAUUAUGGUAAUCAGGCUUUGCACUUUUUGAAUACCAAGGGUGAUUCCUGUUCCGUGCCAUUGUCUAAAGAGGGUCCUGUACAUUGCGUUAAAUGGAGUCCUAAAGCUACUGAAUUUGUGGUAGUUUAUGGUUAUAUGCCUUCUAAGGCGGCUUUAUAUAAUUUAAAAUGUGACGUCGUUUUUGAUUUUGGUGAAGGACCUCGCAAUUGUGCCUAUUUUAAUAGUUUUGGAAAUCUAGUCGUUUUAGCUGGUUUUGGCAACUUGCCCGGCCAUGUGGAAAUUUGGGAUGUAUCGAAAAAGGAGAAGCUUGCCAAUAUUAAAUGUCCCGAUACUACCCAUUUCGAAUGGAAUCCUAAUGGCGAAUAUUUUGUAACCGCUACUACGGCUCCCAGAUUACGCAUAGGCAAUGGUUUCAAAGUUUAUCACUACUCGGGUGCCCUAUUGCACGAGACCAUUUGGCCCCAGGGUCAGGAGCUAUUGGCCGUUGAAUGGCAACAAUUUGCUGAGAAUACAUUUAAAGAACCUAUCAUCACUAAGGUCAAGCAUGAAGGUAUCAAAUCGAGCCAACCGGAGGCAAGUAAGAAGGUUUAUACACCACCACACUUGCGCUUUAUGAGUGAAGGAAAAAAUCCAGAGAAAUUUGUACCACAGUCGCAAAGCACUAUACCAGGACUACCACCAGGUUAUUCUUCCUCACAAGCCAACAAUAAGAAACAGGGUGCUCAAAAGUCUCAUCAACAACAACAGCAACAAAAUCCUAAGGGUUUUAAACAGCAGCAGCAACAUAAUAAGAAUAGAAAAAAUGAGCACAAUAACGAAAACAACCACAACAACAACAACAACAAUGGUGCUAAUAACACUAGAAACAAUAGAGGAGGAAGAGGAGGGGAUAAUAAUAACAGCAAUGGUGGACAACCAGGAGCCAAUAAUUUCAAUAGAAUGAAUAAAAUGCAGGCAGAAGGAACUGUUGACGUAGGAGCUGUAAGUAACAAUGAGCAGCAACAGCAGCAAACAAUGCCGCAACAACAGCAACAUAACAAACGUCAACAAAACCAGCGUCGUCAGCAGCAAAAUCCACAAUUUAAUCAACAAAGAAGACAACAGCAACAGCAGCAACAUAAUCAUGCUAACGCUGGUGAAAAUGUUGCAGCAGCAGUGGAUGGACAACAGCAACAGCAGCAAAAUUUGCAGCAGCCAAACCAACAACAGCAGCAAACUUCUAAAAAGGCCGCUAAUCCUGAAAAGGAGAAAAAAAUACGCAAUGUUGCCAAAAAGUUGUCGGAUAUUAAAAAAUUAAAAGCCCGUCAAGAUCAGGGUGAAGUUUUGGAAUUAAAUCAAUUAAAUAAAAUUGAAAUGGAGUCGAAAUUUCUCGAAGAGCUUAAAGCUUUAAAAUUAUCUGCCUAAGAAGUGAAUCUUUAAAGCUUUUCUUAAACACUCAACUUCCUUUUUUAUUUCGCUACAACUUUUAAAAAAAUAUAAAACAAAAAUUUUCUAAAAUUGCAAAAAAAAAAAAAACUUAAAAUUUAAGAAUUUUUAAAACUAAAAGGGAAGUUAGUUAUGAAUUUGCUUAAAAUUUGCCAAAAUAUUUAAGAAAAAUUUAUUAAAUAUUACAGUUAUUCCUAAAAACUCCCCCCUAAUUUUUGUGUAAAUCUGCCUGCUGUGUUUUUUAAACAAAUUCACAAAAAAAAAAAAAGAAAUUUGUAAUUAUUGGCUUAACUACUGUUUUAUGGUGUCUCUCUUACUUCCUGCCCCACAUGUGUUUCUAAAAUUUUCUCUUCCUUU